UGAAUGGAGGGGCUCAAGAGCAUAAAGUGCAAAGUGAAAGCAACAAAAAAGAAUAUCACAUCUUUUGAGCGCCAAGUAGCGACCAUUGCUUUCAAAGGCGCAGCCACGUGAUUUAAUAAAAUAAUUUCAACCUCUUCUUCACGCUAUCUCAAUCUCACGCUCUUUUAAGUGCCUCAUCAUCUCCUUCAAUUCAUAUUCUCAUAAUUUUGAGGGGCUUUCAUUUGAACUAAAAUUCAGGCAUUUUAGUUGCAGAUUUAUCAUGGAAUGAAGGAUAUUAAAGAUGGGAGCUCCGCAUUGUCUUGUAUGUAAUGUGCCUGUAUUUGCUCACGGCCACUUGCUUAGCUCGAAGAAUUUGGGAGCCAGCAAGUCUGUUUUAUGCAAUCCAGCACCGAGAAAACCCCAAUGUGAUAUCCUCAGAGGUGGUUUUGAGGGUGGACAUGCGGUGAAAAGGAUGGAAGGUGAAGUCAGAAGUGUUAGAACAGAGACGGAGAGUGGCGGAAGUGUGGCCGUGAAGGAGGAGGGUUUUUCUGUGAAGGUCUUGAAAGGUAGCCCGCUUCCGUUCGGCACAACGGCCAGGGAUGGAGGGGUUAACUUCGCUGUUCAUUCGUCUCGAGCAACUUCCGUCACGAUAUGCCUCUUUACCCUUUCUGAUUUGCACAAGGGUAAGGUAACCAAGCAAAUUCCUCUUGAUCCCUUACUUAACAAAACAGGAGAUGUAUGGCACACAUUCCUUGCUGGAAAGUUUGAUGGUAUGUUGUAUGGUUAUCAAGUUGAUGGAGAGUAUUGUCCUGAGGAAGGUCAUCGCUAUGAUGCUUCAUGCAUAUUGUUGGACCCUUAUGCUAAGGCAGUGAUAAGCAGAGAAGAGUAUGGGGUUUUAGGUCCUGGAGGAAAUUUUUGGCCUCAAAUGGCUGGCAUGGUACCUGUUCCUGAUGAUGAGGGAUUAUAUGUUCAGGGCCACAUCCAAGAUAUAAAUCAAAAUCAAUUUGAUUGGCAAGGGGACUUGCCUCUGAAACUUCCACAAAAAGAUCUCUUUAUUUAUGAAAUGCAUGUUCGUGGUUUUACCAAACAUGGAUCAAGCAAUGUUAAUCAUCCAGGGACAUAUCUUGGUCUAGUUGAAAAACUGAAGCACUUGAAGGAAUUGGGAGUUAAUGCCAUUGAACUUAUGCCUUGUCAAGAAUUUAAUGAGCUAGAAUCUUAUUCAUAUAACUCUGUUAUGGGUGAUUACAAGAUGAAUUUUUGGGGGUAUUCAACUAUCAACUUUUUUUCUCCAAUGAUCCGAUAUGCUGCCUCAGGUGUAAAGAAUUGUGGACGUGAUGCAAUUAAAGAGUUCAAAAUGCUUGUUAGAGAAGCACACAAGCAUGGGAUUGAGGUGUUCAUGGACAUAGUAUUCAACCAUACUGCAGAAGGAAAUGAUAUGGGUCCAAUAUUAUCUUUUAGAGGCCUGGAUAAUAGUGUCUAUUACAUGCUUGCACCUAGGGGCGAGUUCUAUAAUUAUUCUGGCUGUGGCAACACAUUCAAUUGCAAUCAUCCCAUAGUUCGCCGCUUUAUAGUGGAUUGCCUCAGGUAUUGGGUUAUUGAAAUGCAUAUUGAUGGUUUCCGCUUUGAUCUUGCUUCCAUCAUGACACGGGCUUGCAGUUUAUGGAACGGUGAGAAUGUUUUUGGCAAUGAUAUUGAAGGAGAUUUCUUAACAACGGGAACACCUCUAAAUGAACCUCCCUUAAUUGAUAUGAUUAGCAAUGAUCCAGUCCUUCGUGGUGUCAAGCUUAUAGCUGAAGCAUGGGACACAGGUGGCCUUUAUCAAGUAGGAAACUUUCCACAUUGGGGCAUUUGGUCAGAGUGGAAUGGACAGUAUCGAGACAUAACACGCCAGUUUAUCAAGGGCACAGAUGGACUUACAGGAGCUUUUGCCCAAUGCCUUUGUGGGAGUCCACAUUUAUAUCAGGAAGGAGGAAGGAAACCAUGGCAUAGUGUCAACUUUGUAUGUGCCCAUGAUGGAUUUUCGCUAGCCGAUCUUGUAUCAUACAAUCAGAAGCAUAACUUGGCAAACGGUGAAGAGAAUAAUGAUGGUGAAGACCAUAAUAAUAGCUGGAACUGUGGAGAGGAAGGUGAACUUGUGGGUCUUCCUGUUCAACGAUUGAGACACAGACAAAUGCGGAACUUCAUUGUUUGUCUCAUGGUUUCUCAGGGUGUACCAAUGCUAACCAUGGGUGAUGAAUAUGGUCACACAAAAGGAGGCAACAACAACACCUACUGCCAUGAUAAUAAUGUGAAUUAUUUUCGCUGGGACAAGAAAGACACUUCUCAGGCUGCGUUUUUUAAAUUCUGUAGUCUCAUGGCAAAGUUCCGGAGUGAAUGUGAAUCACUUGGGUUAGAAGAUUUCCCAACUGCAGAACGACUGCAAUGGCAUGGUCACCAGCCUGAGAUGCCAGAUUGGUCUGAGUCAAGUCGGUUUGUUGCAUUCACCAUGGUUGAUUCAAAAAAAAGAGAGCUUUAUGUUGCAUUUAAUACCAGUCAUCUUCCAGUCAUUAUCACUUUACCUGAAAGACCAGGUUUUAAAUGGGAACCUUAUGUUGAUACAAGCAAAGUCCCUCCAUAUGAUUUCCUGGCUGAUGAUCUACCAAAUCGGGCAACAGUCAUGAAACAAUAUGAUCAGUUUCUCAAUGCUGGGAUAUAUCCAAUGUUAAGCUACUCUUCUAUAAUUCUUGUGUUAUCUGUGGAUGGAAACUCUUAAAAUGUGAUGCAUGUCUCCGUGCCGUAUCUGACCUGUCUAUAGUCAAGUUGUUUUUGUAAUUAUAUGUAGUAAUCUUGCGUUUAAAGUUUUAAACAUGGGUAGGCAACAAAUAUGCCAGUUGUAAUCAUGUAGUGAGUGUUUAUUUCCAUGUCCUAUAAUUUAGUAAUCACUAAUGAUUGCUUGGA